AUGACGUCUCCCGCCCCCGACGCACCUGAAGAAAGCUACGUUAUGAGAGACCGAGCGGACGCCACGCUGGUCGGCAAGCACUGCCAAUAUGAAUACUGCAACCAACUCGACUUCCUCCCGUUUUAUUGCCAGUCAUGCAGCAAGACUUUCUGUCUUGACCAUCGCACAGAGACGGCGCACAAAUGCGCAAACGCCGGCGCUUGGGCCGAACGCCGGCGCCUCGCCCAGCUCAACCGGCCCUCGCUAGGCGGCGCAGGCGGCAAGACGCUGCGCGACAAGACGUACGAAAAGCCGUGCGCGUCGCCGGACUGCAAGACGAUGGUCGGCACGUCCCUGACGCCAGGCGUGCACUGCCAGACCUGCAAGCGCGAUUACUGCCUCAAACACCGCCUCGGCGAGGACCACGACUGCAAGAGCCUGACGCCGCUCGGCUCGCGGCUCGUGCAGGUCGACGAUGUCGCCAAGAAGACGAAAUCUGCCCUGGAAAAGCUGAGAGCCUGGGGCAGCGCCAAGAAGGAGCAGGCGGGCAGGGCCCUUCCGAAGCCGAAGCCCAGUUCCGCCGCCGCGCGGAUAGUCGCCGUCAACAAUCUGAAGAAGAUCGCCAAGGGCGAUGACAAGAUUCCUUCCGAGAAGCGCGUCUACUUGUACGUGGAGGCCGAGGCGGAGACGGCAAAGGCAAAGUUUCCAAAAGGCGCCUUCUUCUUCUCCAAAGACUGGGUGGUCGGCAGGGCCUUGGAUGCCGCGGCAAAACAGCUGCAGGUCCAAAAUAUCAACAAUCAGAGUUCGGACGAGAGGGACAAGCUACGGGUAUUCCAUGUGGAAGGGGGAAGGGUAUUGGAGUUUAACGAAAAGGUUGGGGCGUCAUUGCAAAGCGGAAACACGGUCGUGCUUUUAAGGGGAGUUGGGCCGGCGCCGGAUCUCAUCGAGGUUUAG